UCCCAACACCUUCUAAGAACUGAGGGCUAUUGGGUGAUACAUAGAGUUGUAGUUCAGCAACACCCGGAUGGCCGCCACUUACCCGCCUUUUAUUUUCCCUCCCCCAGUGUUGUGAAGAGGUGAGAGGAGGGGAGGUAUGUGUGCAGUCUCACAUAUGGUAGAAAAAGCCAAAGUAGACAAAGAGGGAGCUGUUCUUACUUUCACGUGUCCUCUAUAAAACACACAUGGUUGCGGCAUCCCCUGGUUUAGUUGUAUCCUCUUCCUCCUCUGGUCUUUUAUCAGACAUAUGCUUUUCCUUAGAUCUAUAAAUUAGCUUUAUUUCUUCUUUCUCUCCCUCUUCCUCUCUUGCCUAUUUGAUCUCCCAGAUUUCCAGUGUUUGUGUAUUUAGGGAUUAUUUAUAAAUCUUUUAGUUUGUCAUAUUAACUAGGUAACAAACCUGUCCAUUCCUUGAAGCACUUCAGGUCGCUAACACUGUUGCAUUAAGACUAUUUUUAUUACUGUGCAGAAUAUGGACUGGGGUCUGGCUGACAGACGUUACGGCUGGAUUUGUGUCUCUGCUGCUGUCUCUUUGCUGUUUCUCAGCAACUGGUUUUGUUACCAGCAGAAAGCUCUGAUUUUCCCAAAGUUUCAGAAUGAAGUAGUGGAAUGCGGCACUAACUGUUCCUUUAGCAGCAGCUUACUAACCAGAAGAAGAAGAUACACAAUUAAUCCUUUGGGGUACAAGUGGGAUCAUUUAAAUCUGACCUACAAGAUCGUUCAGUUUCCCAACACCCUGAAUAAAGAUGAUACAGAGAGAGCACUGGCCAUUGCCUUCCGCAUGUGGAGUAAAGUUUCCUCCCUCAGUUUUCAACGUGUACAAUCACACCAGGUCUCUGACAUAAGUAUAGGAUUUUACACCUUUAAUCACAGUGAUUGUUGGGGAUCUCCACUCCACCCCUGCUUUGAUGGCCUAAAUGGGGAACUAGCUCAUGCUUUUUUGCCACCACUGGGGGAAAUUCAUUUUGACAACCAUGAGUUCUGGGUCCUUGGACCUUCACGUUUCAGCUGGAAACAAGGCGUGUGGUACAAUGAUCUUGUCCAAGUUGCAGCACAUGAGAUCGGUCAUGCACUCGGGUUGUGGCACUCUAGUAACGUAACUGCUCUCAUGCAUCCCAAUGCUACCUACACCAGGAUACGUCAUGUCACGAAAGAUGAUAUCAUGGCCAUACAGAGUCUCUAUGGCUGUCCUUCUUCUAGCUCUAGAUGUGAUUCCAGCAAGGUUUCAGGAUCGUGUGGAAAUCAGUGUCAUCUGAAAUGUGACAGUUGCAGAGGGUCUCUUGGCAAAGGACCAAAACAUUAUAGGAUUAAAAUAAAGAAUCGCUAUGUUUCCCAGGGUCGAUCUGUUACCUUUCAUUGCUCCCAAAAAGUCUCCCAAGCACACAAGAGGGUGAGUUGGUAUAAAGAUGGAGCUCGUCUUUCCUCCUCUACACCUGGGUUAGUUAACUUGUCCCUAAGCAGCCUGGUUCUAAAAGCAGAGGAUGAAGCCCAGGGCCGCUACACAUGUGUGAUUCGCCAAGGCAAAGUCAUUGUAGGAGGAAAAUCUUGGAACUUGCACAUCGCAUGAUGGGAAAAAAGAAACAAGCCAUUGCACUACCUAGUCAUGCAAGAGAAACAUGUCUGUGUUGAAAAAUAAAAGAGCAAUUACACUGUGUUUAAAUUGUCAUUUUUAAUCAAUGGUCUCCUUACUAGAUUGAAAACGACAUUAGGGACAGCUCAAUAACAGAUCACACAUGAAAGAAACAUGACUGCAAGAGAUUAAUUAUAGCUAACAUGUACAAACAUGUACAAUACAAUUAUAUUUUAUGUGAAUUAAAUGCCUUAUUAUGAGUCUGAGCCAAGCAGUCUUUCCUUAUUAAAGGGGUGGUGGCCUAUUAGAAAUGUUGUUCUGGCUCUGCCAAAAUUCAGGUAUUAUCAAAGGUCCUGGGAAUGGGAGAUGUAACUCAUCAGAUUUUGGUCCCUGCUUUUAACAUAACAUCCUCAAAAGAGAUAACAUAAUAGGCAAAUGAACAAAUUAGGGGAAAAGUCAUGCUCCUGAAAAUAUUAAAGCUUUCACUGGAGAACCCCUCAGUUCUAUUAAGGGAUGAGGAAAGAUGAAGUCUCCAUAGCUUGAAGCUUCAAUUCGCCUUACUGCCAGGUCUCAGUGUCUUCAUGGAGGACAUUUUUGUGCUUUAUGUGCUC